AAACUUGAAAAUGGUUCUGGUAUAAAUAUCAAAGUUUGCGCUAUCUACUCCAGUUAGAGAAGUUGCCUGCUCAGGAGAUCUUCUCGUUCACGAUGAAUUUAGCCCUGAGUUUUUUUCUGUGUCUGGGAGCAGCAGGUGCUUAUGAACUUCCUGUCCCUGGAACUACUGGACUUGUUCCAGGAUCUCAAGCUGAAGCUCAAUGGUAUCAACAGCAACUAGCUCAUAUUGCACUGACUGCUGGACGUAGGAAGAGGGAUCUACCAGUUCCAGGAACUAUUCCAGGACUUGUUCCAGGAUCUCAAGCUGAAGCUCAGUGGUAUCAACAGCAACUAGCUCAUAUUGCACUGGCUGCUGGACGUAAAAAGAGAGAGCUUCCAGUUCCCGGAACUAUCCCAGGACUUGUUCCAGGAUCUCAAGCUGAAGCUCAGUGGUAUCAACAGCAACUAGCUCAUAUUGCACUGACUGCUGGACGCAAAAAGAGAGAGCUUCCAGUUCCAGGAACUAUUCCAGGACUCGUCUCCGGUUCUCAAGCUGAAGCUCAGUGGUAUCAACAGCAACUAGCUCAUAUUGCACUGACUGCUGGACGUAGAAAGAGAGAGCUUCCAGUUCCAGGAACUAUUCCAGGACUUGUUCCAGGAUCUCAAGCUGAAGCUCAGUGGUAUCAACAGCAACUAGCUCAUAUUGCACUGACUGCUGGACGUAAAAAGAGAGAUCUACCAGUUCCAGGAACUAUUCCAGGACUUGUCUCCGGGUCUCAAGCUGAAGCAGACUGGUAUGCUGGUCUUCUGAUUCAUCAAGCUCAGUUAGCUCAUCAUUUAUAAAUUUUGUAAUUGAAAAAGUGAAAAGUGGAAAAUAAAGAAAUAUAAUCUAAACAGAA